UACCUAGCAACACUAUCUCCAAUUUUGCAAUGUGAUUGUGGAGGCAUUAAAAUUUUACUCGUCGUAAAUUAUUAAAAUUAUCUAAAAUAUUUUCGUAUGUCUCGUUUUAAAUUACUGAAUUUUGUAUAUUUAACAAAUAUAGUUGAAAUAGAUUAGUACUGUCAAAUCGCAUUUUAUAUCGAAUCGAAGAUACUUUUGUACCAAGAUGUCCGUGAUUCUCUCAUACGAUUUUGACAAGAAAAUGUUUGUUUAAUCCUACGAUGCUUUUGUAAAAUUUCUAUAUGAGCUUAUGAUCGUGAAAGUGUACAUAAGAUAGAUAGAAUAACAUUAAUAUGAAUCGGCUCGCUGAGGAAAAUGUGCAAAAUAUUAAGUGCAAUCAGAAAAGUGCAAGCACGAAAAACAAAAGUAAAAAGGCCAAAGAUCCUCCGGAAACUACUAACGAAAUAAAUAAAUUGAAUGAAGACAAAUUAAGUGAAGCGUUAGCAAACACACUUCAUAUUAACAAACUUAAUAGUAACCUCACUAAUGGUACAAGUGAUCAUUCUAAAGAUAGUGUCAAUGAUUCAAAUGCAGAACCGAGAUCACAAGACGCAGCUCCGAGUGAAGUCCCGAUGAUUGUAAAUAGUGUACAGUGUAGUGAUGUCGUGGCCACCAGAGAGAAUAGCAGCACUAGCCCCUCUGAGAGAAGCAAGGUCAGGUACAAUGAGGGUGAAACAGAAAUGUGUGAGAUCUCAUCACUUGCCAAUUUUCAUAAAGAAGAAAUAGAAAUCAUGGCUUACGAAUCUGAAUUACAAAUGCCAGAAAUUAUGAGACUCAUACAAAAGGAUCUGUCAGAACCUUACUCUAUCUAUACAUAUAGAUAUUUUAUUCAUAACUGGCCUAAACUCUGCUUUUUGGCAAGUCAUGAAGGCAAAUGUAUUGGUGCCAUUGUAUGUAAGUUAGAUAUGCAUCGAAAUGUUGUCAAAAGAGGAUACAUUGCUAUGUUGGCAGUUGAUGAGAAAUAUAGGAAAAGGAAGAUUGGCUCUAAAUUAGUACAGAAAGCAAUACGGGCAAUGAUAGAUGAUAAUGCUGAUGAAGUUGUAUUAGAAACUGAAAUUACAAAUAAACCUGCACUAAAAUUAUAUGAAAAUUUGGGAUUUGUGAGAGAUAAGCGCUUAUUUCGAUACUAUCUUAAUGGAGUAGAUGCAUUACGAUUGAAAUUAUGGCUAAGGUGAAAUACGUAGGUAACAAAUGGGAAAUUCUCAAUGUUGUGUUAUGUCUAUGAUGACUUUCAUCACAGGUAUAAAACCCUGUUGUUAUUAUGGUUAAACCUAAUAAGCCUGCCAUGUGGAUUUUAGCCAAAUGUAUAGAUUGUUUGAUUUUUUAGACAUGUGAUAUGUUUUAUUUUAUCUAAUUUAUGUGUUGAAAAUUGUUAACAAGAUGUUUUUUGCAAUUUCUUUUAUAUCUCAGUAAGUAAAUGAUAUAUAAUAAUAAUAAUAUCCUAACUGAAAUACACAACUUUGAAGAAUUAU